GGUUUGGAUCGGGUUUGGAUCGGAUUCGGAUUUCCCUAGUAUCCAAAUCCAAAUCCAAAAUAUCGGGUUCGGUAAGAUCCAUUCGGAUCGAAACGGUCGGGUAUUCAUUCGGAUCGAAACGGUCGGGUAUCCAUUCGGAUCGGUUUUUUCUGUCUAUCCCUACUCGGACCGACUAGACGAUAGAGAUACGAAUACUAUUCAGACAAAUUUGGGUCCUCGAAGAAGUUGAGAAUGGCGGCUGCGAUAAUGAACGGCGCCGGAAUCGGAGUAAUCGCCGGAAAACAGAAAACGGUGUUGAUAACAGGAGUAAGUAGAGGCCUCGGAAAAUCACUAGCUCUUGAAUUAGCAAAGCUGGGGCACACCAUAAUAGGGUGUGCUCGAUCACUGGAGAAUCUCAAUGCUCUACAAUCUCAGCUCAAUGACACCAAGAAUAAGCACUUUUUCAUGACUGUUGAUGUGAGGUCAAAUAGUAGUGUAGCAGAGUUGGCAAAGGCUGUCAUGGAAAAGAACGGUGUUCCGGAUAUCAUAGUGAAUAAUGCAGGAACUAUAAAUAAAAAUAACAAAAUCUGGGAGGUACCAGAGGAGGAGUUUGAUGCAGUCAUCGACACAAACUUAAAAGGAACAGCAAAUAUGUUGCGUCACUUCAUCCCUCUUAUGAUCGAGAGCAAGCAAGGGGUCAUUGUCAAUAUUUCAUCUGGAUGGGGAAGAUCUGCUGCAGCACAGGUGGCACCUUAUUGUGCUUCAAAAUGGGCAGUAGAAGGUCUGAGCAGAUCAGUUGCAAAGGAGUUGCCAAGUGGAGUGGCAAUCGUUGCGCUAAAUCCAGGUGUGGUUAACACAGAUAUGCUUGCUUCAUGCUUUGGUAAUUCGGCCUCUUUGUACCAGCAGCCCGAGGCAUGGGCUCCAAAAGCAGCAACAAUGAUACUUAAUCUUACUGCAGCAGACAAUGGUGCAUCUCUGACCAUAUGAUGUUUGAGCUAAAUGGUGCCUUGGUUAUUUGUGGAUAAGACCAGAAGAGGACUGAUGUUUCUAUAGAUAUUGUAAAAAUGAGUAUUUUCAGACAAAAUACUGAUAAGUAUGUUCGCCUUUUUUUUUUUACUUAAGUUCAUAUUGCAUAAAUUAUCCAGCCUACGGUUGCAGACUUAACUGAUAAGUUUAGAUGCAUAGUUAGGUAUGCUACAGUUUCCUCAUGCCUUAUAUAACAGCUAAUAUUUUUAAUGCCA